AUGUAUCCAUCUCCCCCAUCUGUCGCGUUUGAGCCUGAGCAUGAGCCUGUAUGGCACCUCAAAGAACGAGUCGUUUUGACAUGGCAGAAUGAGCACAAUCAGGCGAUGCACCUCGGAGAGCCGUCUCCUCUCAACAAGGAUGCGAGCCUUGUGCUAUGGCUUGGUCUUGACAGUAACCAAGCUGUGGUCAUGCUACAACUUACAGUCACGCACUAUACAAAGGGAAAAAGAAAAAAGUUUGACAUAUUUUCGGUGCCUGAAAGCUUAAAGCUUGACAGCAAUGAAAUUUCCGUCCUUGGUAUCGACGACAUAGCUGAAGACAUCUCUCGCAUGUUCGAAGCUAUCGAGGGAUCGUCCAAAUCACGCUUCCUGCGACUGUCUUUGUCCAAAACCAUCCCGAGUCAGACACUGAUGCCCAUUCGCAAAACUGCACGAGCUGUACAAGGCGCAGCUGAGCAUGUUAUGCUCUCUAUGCAAGCUUUAGCCAAGUCGGCCGAAAGAUUCGAGGUCCACAUGGGCUACAGCACGUACGCGCAUCAAGCCUUGACACGAAACAUACACACUCUGGGUUCCAACUACACGAUACCAUCCUUCGACCUGCAAUCUUCCUAUAGCCACAACGGUGGAGCCUUUGACCUGUGGGACGACUACCUGGAUACAGAGUCUGCUCGCACAGCAACCAACGCUGGAGUCGACCUGGACCACCGCCACGCCCACAAGAGGAGAAGAGCAAGGUCUCAACAAGGAGAAGAGGAGGAACAGUACGGAGAAGACGAGGGUCCACAAGCAAAACGUCAGGGUCCACGAGCUGCAGUAGACGACGCUCCACCACCAGCAUACGAACAAGUUCAGGUGCCAGCAAGCGACUGCGCAGCCACACCACGUUCAGUCAAAUGCAGGGAUGGCAGCUCAAUCGUUCCAACGACACCUCUGAACCAAAGUUCAUGCGCUGCGAGCAGCUUCUCGUUGGAUCCACUCGAUACCCCUGACUCGCCUCCGCUUGGACCCCCUUUUUCUCCACGCGUUGGACCUUCACAACGUCCACCACUAUUACUCGAUACUCAACCCAUCCCACUGACGAACGGUCGUUUAGAUAUCAACGUCGCAUUACACAAAGCUUUUGUGAAUUGGUUGUGCAGUAUGGAAAGGUUGCGACCUUAUCUACAUGAAGACCAUGAACUCUACACGAUGCUGGUAGCCUACGGUCUGGCUGUGCAAAGAGGAGAUAUAACCCGCUUUCCAAACAUCAAAGCAAGGGCUACCUCAUUGGUCUUGAAGCAACAUGUCUCGUCUACAUCCGAGGUUCGCAAUUGGGAUCUUCCAGCAGAGAAGCUAGUACAGAGAUUGGUAAGAUGGAUGUGCGGUCUUGUGCUUCAUGCUGAUGAAGAGCUGAUCGAUGACCUCUUACUCCUGACACGACGAGCUGUUGAAUUGACAUUGGAUGGUGAUCGGUCGUCGGCAGUGCUUGACACGACGAAGAGAGACGAGUUCCUGCUUCAGGAGGCCACAUGCGUCGCGAGAUUCUUUGUGACUUAUGCUCAACAUCUAUCACGACAAUUGAAAUCAUGA